AUGAAAUCGCUGCUCCUGAGCCGCUUCUUGGUGCUGCUGCCUUGGGCGCUGCUGGUGAUCAUCAUGCUGGACGCGGACAGCGGCCGCCGGGCGCCCCCUCCGGCGGCCCUGCUCGCCCGGCGGCCCCACGCCCAGCAGCCGCAGCAGCACGAGGGGGCGCCCCGGCGGCGGGAGGCCGAGCCGCAGCAGCCCCUGCUGCCCAUCAUCUAUGCCAUCACGCCGACUUACAGCCGGCCGGUGCAGAAAGCCGAGCUCACGCGGCUGGCCAACACCUUCCGGCAGGUGGCGCGUUUGCACUGGAUCCUGGUGGAGGACUCGGCGGUGCGCACCGAGCUGGUCAGCCGUUUCGUGGCGGGACUCACCGCAGCCGGCCCGCCCUGCACUCACUUGCACGUGCCCACGCCGCCUCGCUACAAGCGGCCCGGACUGCCCAGGGCCACGGAGCAGCGCAACGCCGGCCUGGCCUGGAUUCGCCAGCGGCACCUGCACGCGCCCGCCCCGCAGCCCGGUGUGCUCUUCUUCGCGGACGACGACAACACCUACAGUCUGGAACUCUUCCAGGAGAUGCGCACAACCCGUAAAGUGUCUGUUUGGCCAGUGGGGCUGGUGGGUGGACGACGCUAUGAACGCCCCAUUGUGGAAAAGGGCAAGGUUGUUGGCUGGUACACUGGCUGGCGGGCAGAUAGGCCUUUUGCCAUUGAUAUGGCAGGGUUUGCUGUGAGCCUUCAGAUGAUCUUGUCGAAUCCUAAAGCUGUAUUCAAACGUCGUGGAUCACAGCCCGGGAUGCAGGAAUCUGAUUUUCUGAAAAUGAUAACCACAGUGGAAGAACUGGAACCAAAAGCAAGCAACUGCACAAAGGUGCUUGUAUGGCACACGAGAACUGAAAAAGUUAAUCUAGCUAAUGAGCCAAAGUAUCACCUGGACACAGUCAAAAUUGAGGUAUGA